AUGAGGAAAUCUGAGUUCUGGUCCCCGUUUGGCCAGCAGGAGCCAGGCUCCAGUCACGUCGCAUCUCUGGGCUCUGCUGCCUGCAUGUGUAAAUGGCAUAGGCCCAUGGGAGAUUCCCAGAGCGAGUACUGUGUGACACCAACCCGGAACAGGCUGCUGGCGCCUUUGGGCUCCCGGGACCAGAGGCUCGGGUCCUUCCCCAAAAGAGUCCACCCCUCCCGGGCCCACAGUCCGAGGCAAGGACCAGCCCUCGGGCAAAAGAGCGCGCAGUGGGCGCCGGUGGGCGCCGCCUCGAGGGCUUCCCGGGUUUCAAACUGCGCCUCUUGGGAGUCACCGGGCGCAUUCGCUCCUUUCGUUUCCGGGGUGGGGGCUAAAGGACAGAAAAAUGUCUCCUUGCACGAGCCUCCCGCGCUCCAGCCCUCGGCCUGGAGGGUCGCCCUGGGAGGAGACCACGCGGCCCCGGGCCCGUCUCUGCCAAGCCGAGUCCUCACCCCGCAGGGGGCUGGGGAGGGUGCCCGGGAGGGCGGGGGCUUCAAAACCAUUCCGCGCACUGCCGCUCGGCCCGCUGCGCCCGCAGAGGACGCGGGGAGAACCAACGAACACUCACCGAGCAGCGGCCGCCCGGCUGGAUCCAGAACGCACGGCGCGCGAAGCCACCCAGAUGUAAAUCCAAACCUCCGAGAAGCUGACAAGAAAGAGAUGAAGAAGCCGAUAACUUGGAGGGAGUCCACCACGAGACUGUUAGGUGGGAAAAGCAAGAGGCCGAAACCCGUGUAAUAAAGGACCCAUUUUGG